AUGAGCUGGAUAUCCAUUGUUUAUAUUGCUGGAUUCCCAAGUGGGACUCCUACCAAUGUUUUGCUUCAAGGGAAGUCUCCUUUCCCAAAGAUCAACUUCAAAGCCAAAUCGGAUUUCGUCAAGAACCCGAUUCCUGAAUCCGGUCUGAUCGGGAUGUUCAAGAAGUUGCUUAUAGAGGACUCGCUGACGAUGAUGUGGACUCCUUACGGAGGAAUGAUGGCGAGAAUCUCUGAGUCUCAAAUCCCUUUUCCGCAUAGAAAAGGAGUCAUCUUCAAAAUCCAGUACAUAACGGUUUGGCCAGACAGCGACAUGAGACCGAGCAGACACAUUAAGUGGAUCAGAGAUCUGUACAAAUUCAUGACGCCUUAUGUCUCAAGUAAUCCACGACAAGCCUACGUGAACUACAGAGAUCUUGGCCUAGGAAAGAACAAGAAAAACGUGAGCUCGAACUUGAAAAAUGCGAGCGUGUGGGGAAGGCAGUACUUCAAGAACAAUUUCAACUUAUUGGUGAGGAUUAAAUCAAAGGUUGAUCCAGAGAAUUUCUUCCGAGCAUCCCACCUCUGCCCAUUUGAAGCUACGUUCAUGUCAUAA